GCUUCUCAAACCUGUGCCCCAAACAUGAGGGCUCAGACGGAUCCCGAGGGCCGGACACAGCAUGAGUCUCCGGGCUCAACAGGAAAUUCCACCAGGGAUCCACAGAUGCCCCUGCCCAUGGAGCCCAAAUUUGACAUGUUGUACAAGAUUGAGGAUGUGCCACCUUGGUACCUGUGUAUCCUGCUUGGCUUCCAGCAUUACCUGACAUGCUUUAGCGGCACCAUCGCUGUUCCCUUCCUCCUGGCCGAGGCACUGUGUGUGGGCCAAGACCAGAACAUGAUCAGCCAGCUCAUCGGCACCAUCUUCGUAUGUGUGGGUAUCACCACUCUCAUCCAGACCACACUGGGCAUCCGGCUGCCACUGUUCCAGGCCAGUGCCUUUGCGUUUUUGGUUCCAGCCAAAGCCAUCCUGGCCCUGGAGAAAUGGAAAUGUCCCCCAGAAGAGGAGAUCUACGGUAACUGGAGUCAGCCCUUGAACACCUCUCAUAUCUGGCACCCACGGAUGCGAGAGGUCCAAGGUGCAAUCAUGGUGGCCAGUGUGGUGGAGGUGGUGAUUGGGCUGAUGGGGCUGCCUGGGGCCCUGCUCAGCUACAUUGGGCCUCUCACAGUCACCCCUACUGUCUCACUCAUUGGCCUGUCUGUCUUCCAAGCUGCUGGUGAUCGAGCAGGCUCCCAUUGGGGCAUCUCAGCUUGCUCCAUUCUCCUGAUCAUCCUCUUCUCCCAGUACCUGCGCAAUGUCACCUUCCUGCUGCCCAUCUACCGCUGGGGCAAGGGCCUCACUCUCUUCCGAAUCCAGAUCUUCAAGAUGUUUCCCAUCGUGCUGGCCAUCAUGACCGUGUGGCUCCUCUGCUACGUGCUGACCCUGACAGAUGUGCUGCCUAAAGACCCAACAGCCUAUGGCUACCAGGCACGAACUGAUGCCCGUGGAGACAUCAUGAGUAUUUCACCCUGGAUCCGCAUUCCAUACCCCUGUCAGUGGGGCCUGCCUACAGUGACUGUGGCUGCUGUGUUGGGAAUGUUCAGUGCCACACUGGCAGGCAUCAUCGAGUCCAUUGGUGAUUACUAUGCUUGUGCCCGCCUGGCUGGUGCACCACCCCCUCCAGUGCAUGCUAUCAAUAGGGGUAUCUUCACCGAAGGCAUCUGCUGCAUUAUCGCGGGGUUACUAGGCACAGGCAACGGGUCCACCUCGUCCAGUCCCAACAUUGGCGUCCUAGGGAUUACCAAGGUGGGCAGCCGUCGCGUGGUGCAGUACGGUGCCGGUAUCAUGCUGGUCCUGGGUGCCAUCGGCAAGUUCACAGCUCUCUUUGCCUCGCUCCCCGACCCUAUCCUGGGGGGCAUGUUCUGCACCCUUUUCGGUAUGAUCACGGCUGUGGGGCUCUCCAACCUGCAGUUCGUGGACAUGAACUCCUCCCGCAACCUCUUUGUGCUUGGAUUUUCCAUGUUCUUCGGGCUCACACUGCCCAACUACCUGGAUUCCAACCCUGGCGCCAUCGACACAGGCGUUCCUGAAAUCGACCAGAUUCUGACUGUGCUGCUGACCACCGAGAUGUUUGUGGGCGGGAGCCUUGCUUUCAUUCUGGACAACACAGUGCCAGGGAGUCCAGAGGAACGAGGCCUGAUACAGUGGAAAGCUGGGGCCCACGCCAACAGUGAGACAUCUGCCAGCCUGAAGAGCUAUGACUUUCCCAUUGGGAUGGGUACAGUAAAAAGGAUUGCGUUUCUGAAAUACAUUCCUGUCUGCCCAGUCUUCAAAGGAUUUUCUUCAAGGUCAAAAACUCAGUCUUGUGUUCCAGAAGACAUUCCAGAAAAUAUAGAAACUGGGUCUGUGUGCACCAAGGUCUGAACAUUACUUCGAAAAAAGGAAGCAUGGUAUAUAACAGCAAAAGAAAACUACAUGGGGGAGCCAGAAGACCUAAGUAUGAAAUCCCAGCUCUGCCUCUAUCUAACUUCUUGUGUAAGCUUGGAUAAAUCACUGAGACUCCAUUUUUGCAUCAGUUUAAAAAA